AUGGUUUCAUUUUCAUGUGAAGUUUGUAAUGAUACAGUUAUAAAAAAGAAAUUAAAUCAACAUCAACAAAGAUGUUAUGGAGCUUACUUUACAUGUAUAGAUUGUUCUACAACAUUUCAAGGAGAUGAUCAUAAUAAACAUACAAGUUGUAUAUCUGAGGCAGAGAAAUAUGAAAAAGCUUUAUUUAAAGGUAAAAAACAGAAACAACAACAGCAGCAACAAAAUCAACAACAAAAAUCAAAACCAACUAAACGAAUAGUGGAAUUAGAAGAAGAGUUUGAACCAAUAGUGAAAAAAGUAGAAAAGAAGUCAGUCGAAAAACCAAUUAAAAUAUCAACUAAAGAAUCUAAAUCAACAACAUCAGAUCCAUUAUCCUCAUUUGUAAAUAAUUCAUCACAAAAUUUGUAUAAAAUUUUGAAAAAAGCUUCAAAAGAUGAUAGUAAAAAAUUGAAGAAUAUUUUGAAAAACAUGACAAUUACCAAAGUAGAUGAUAGAUUAGUUAUAGAACAUUCUUGA